UUGACCUAGUAAUGCAACUUAAUUUAGAAAAACAUAUUCUGAAAAUAGAGCCUUUAGUGUCUCUGUCUCUUCCCUCUUUUCUCCUCUCUUCUCUCCAGUGAACCUCAUUUGAUUAACUUUCUCGCUUCCCAGCCAGCUGGACUCUCAUGCCAAAGCCUUUUACCACCAGACUCUAGCCAACUUAAGCUAGGGCCUGGAACAUGGAGAUGGUCUUGGAGCCCUGGGAGGAGUCCUCAUGUGCUUCAGGAAAGUGAGGCAAGGACAUCUUUGGAGCCAACAUUCGCUUCAAGUUCCUGUGGCUGCUGACACUGUGCAGGACACUGAUGGCAUCUGGCAGAGGAUGCUUCGCCCUGGCCAUUCUGCUGGCAAUUGUGGACACCCAGCUUGGUGGGGGCAUGCAGAUCCAAAGCUCAUUUCACCAGGAAGGAAAACAACUACGCUUGAUCUGUACUUUGCAGUAUAAGAAAGAAGAGGCUGAGGGGGUUAUGGUGUUUUUGUGCAAGAACAGAUCUUCUGACUGCUUCCCCGAGACCAGCUUGCAGCAACUGAGAUUUAAACGGAAUCCCGGGAGAGAUGGUGUCAGUGAAAUACCAUCUCCUUUGGUGUUCACCAUAAACCAAAUCACACCAUCGGACAGUGGGUCCUACCAGUGUUGUGCCACAAGCCGGAAGCCAGACAUCUGCCUCCAGGGUCACUUUUUCUCUAUUUUAGUCACAGAGACAGGGAACUGUACAGUGAAAGGACUGAAACGAACAGAACACCCCAAGUUCAGUCACAGCAAAGGCAUUCUCAGUUCAGGCUUCCUGCAAGAAAACGCCUGGGUGAUGCUGGUCACUAGCCAGGUGACCUUGGCCCUUCAAGGUAUGUUCCAAAGAGUCUUCAGCAGCCCAGGAAAUGAGGGUGCUACACCUUUGACAUCUUGCUUAUCCUCCAGGAGGAGACAGGUAGGGUAGAAAGGAAGCCUAGAGUGGGAGAGUGAAGGAAGGCAGGCCCCUGCUAUCCACAGGAAAACAUCAAACCAACAUGAGAGCAAAAUUGGACCAAAAGGACUCAAGACUAUACUAAUCAGAGGAAGACAGAUGAAACACAUCUGUCAGACCUGGAGACCAGGAGAUCAGACCUAUUAGGAAAGAAAGCUUGUGGA